ACCUUAUAUUCAAGCAUAUUCGUGUUUCAUAUAUUGCAUGCAAGUGUUAAUUGUGACACUACGCAUACUCUUUUAACAGUUUUGUUGUUGUCUGACACUUGAGGUUGGAGCUUAUGAGCAGAUCUUGCUACAAUGGGUGUGAAAUUGCUUCAUCUUUUGCUCUGCGCGCUAUUUCAAGAAAGACCACAAAUUUAUCUUGAAAGAAAUGCUUCAAAUGGCUCUGUGCAAUCCAGCAAGAGCUCAUCGACCGUCUUCUUCAUCAUGACCAUCAUCAUCUCUCUGCUCCUGCUGGCCUCUCUGCUGCCACACCUGACCUUCACUGCUCGUAUGAAUGUGGGUAUAGUGAACGGCAGAGAAGCAAAACCUCACUCCAGGCCUUACAUGGUUUCUGUCCAAGCGAAGAAGCAACAUAUCUGCGGUGGAUUCCUCAUUUCUGAUAGAUUUGUCAUGACUGCUGCACACUGCAGAGAAAUUUUUUCAGUCCUGACAGUUGUGCUAGGUGCACAUGACCUACAACAAACGAAUUUGGACCGAAUCAAAGUGGAUUUCUACCAUGAGCAUCCGAACUAUAACAAGAAAACCUUUCAUAAUGACAUUAUGCUUUUGAGGCUAGAAAAACAUGUGGAACUAAACGACAAUAUCAAGUGGAUAUCCAUACCAAUGAAAGAAGAUGAUAUCGAAGCAGAUACUGUUUGUAGUGUCGCAGGAUGGGGAAGUUUAAAAACAAAUGGGACAGGAAACAACCGUCUCAUGGAGACAGAUGUGACAGUCUUGAAUAACAAGGAAUGUGAAAGUAAAUGGGGGAAAAAAGACUAUUCAACUUCAGAGAUGAUGUGUGUAUAUGGCAAUGGAGGAAGCUGUAAUGGGGAUUCAGGAGGUCCUUUGGUUUGUGGAGAUACUGCAGUCGGUGUAACAUCCUUCGGGGACCCUCGUCACUGUAAUUCACUAAAACUACCUGAAGUUUAUAUUAAGAUUUCAGCAUAUCUUCCAUGGAUAAAGAGCAUUAUUGGAAAUUUUAAUUGAAUUAAUUGUAGAUGAAAUGGGGUGAUUUUCGUUUUUUGAAAGUUGAGUUGUUUUUCCCCCAAAUCUUCAUUCAAUAAACAUAAUAAUCAUUGUAACAUGCAUAAAUAUGUGCUUUGUGCUUUCCUCUCAUUAAAAAAAAAUAAACAAAAUAAAAAUGACAGUGGUGAAAC